UGAAUGUGGACAGGAAAGAAAGAGGAAAUAUGAAGAUGUAAGAAUUUACCAGGACAAAUGACAAACCAGAGGGAUGAGAUCUGUACUGUGGACUACUAACAGCUCAUCUUAACUCUCAUUUCUAGUCAUUUCUGUGACUUUCUAUUGCCACCUUCAGGAGAGAUAUCUUAACCCUGGAACAGGGUGGAUUAGACCAAGCAAUCUAUGGUUUCCAGGCUUGAUUCUCAUCUAAACGUGCUUUGUUCACAGCACUCUGAAAGUACCAGAUGUAACUGCACAUCCUCUUCUGCUUUUAGUGUAGUGGUAAAUGAAAAUGGAUUAAGGACUUUUCUCUGUGAAGAAACUGCAUUUACAAACUGUCAGGUGAGACUUGAGUGUCAGUUUUCCUGCCACUUCGCUGAGACGGCUUAUAUAUUAACUGGCCCCAUGUACAGUGAGCAAUUUCACUAAUAAUUUUGGGAGUUCAACAAGAAGCUGGAAACUGAUCCUAAAACCUGCCGGACUCACCACAGCUGGAAGGAGACAACAGCUGGGUCCACAUCCGUUUCGAACAGCCCUCCAUCCAUCCCACCAUUUACUCAUCAUGGCGGAGUCAGGCUGGUGGAAGCUAACUUUCCUGAGGAGAAAAAAGUCCCAGCCCAAGGUUUUGUAUGAAAUCCCAGCAGAUUCUGUAUCCAACGCCUCCACUGGCCAGAACGGGUCCAGCACAGCCACCGGAGCUGCUGCCCACCCAGAGGAUACAGAGCAUGAUUCCCAGUUGGACGCAAGACUGGAGAGGAUCGUGGAUAAAACGACAGCAAGCAAGGGGCGCCACGUUAAGGUGUCCCACUCAGGGAGGUUUAAGGAGAAGAAGAAAGUGCGAGCCACGCUGGCAGAGAACCCAGAGAUGUUUCCUGGAAGUGACGACAUGAGGGAUGAGAACCAGAGAGCUGCAAAGUGACAGGACACAAAUACUCCAACAUUCAAUCACUGAUGCAUUCCAAGGGACAGUUUAAAUUUGGGGUUUAUGGCUUCUGGAGCCAUUAAACCAAACUUGGGAAAAACUGAGCCUUAGGAGGACGAUAUAUUUGAAAAUUGGCACUAUAGGACACUUAUCAGAAUAAGAGAAAUUGAGACUCUUGUGAGAGAAAAAAUUGUGCCUAGUUUAUAUUUCUAGAGAGGUUUGUGGUUUUCCAUGUUUACUGUAAUACAGAUUUAGUGGCCAUUAGAGGAACUGUGACCUUUCCAAUACUGGAAACAUUAUGUGACUGCUAGACUAAACCAGCCGUGUCAUAUAUUGUAAAGGUGCUCUGGAUCAGUGCAAUUUUAGAAACACUUUUCCUGAGUUGAGUAUUGAUAUUUCUCUGUCUUACCUUUAAACAUAGGGACAGUAACAUCCUGACACAAGUGUUCAGGUCUUUAAGGUCCUUUAACAUCUUGCAAAAACAACUUGAACUUGGGAAAACUCUUAGUAUACAUUUACAAGGACCUUUAUAACUCAGUUGGGGGAGUGGUGCAUCUUUAUAUCAAUUAGUGUUUUACUAUAAAUGACUUGUAUCUAUGUAAUUUGGCUGAAAGUGACAUCAUCCCAACAGUAAUAUCUGUGUAUGUACACACACUAUAAACUUGAAUACAUGCCUAGAAUUAAAUACAACCUUCAUGCACAUGUUGUUGACAGUAACCGCCACUAGAGGGCAGCACCACUCCACUCAGAAAUCUCACCGUUAACAGUUUUUACUGAACUUCUCUUUCAAACACUCUACUCUGGUUUUUCCUGUGAAAGUUCACAAAGUCAGAACACAUUCAUACAUUUCUUUCACUGUGGUGUUUUGUCUGAGUUUUGGAUCAGAGGACUGAUGAGACACAGCUGUGAUUUAUGUGGAGAUGUGAGGAAAUCAAUUUGUAUUCUGAUUUACAGAAAGUUGAGUUUAAAUGAUUGUUUUCUAGAUAAGUGUCAAAUCGCUUUUACAGAAUCUGGGAUUAUUCUCAACAGCAAAUCAAUAUAGAAACUGCACUGACUUUUAGUGGCACUGCUUUCAGUUUUGAUUCUGGGUAAAAUGAAUAUAUAAUGUUCUAAAUCUGUUCUGGUAAUUUCAUAUUGCUAUCUUAAUGCUGCAGAAUUUGGGGUGUGUUUUAUAAAUUGUUUUUUUUUGUACAUAAAUAGCUGGAUGAAUAAAAAUAUAAGUGUGA